GUUGAGGGUAGAGGUCAUUCAACAUGGCGUCAAAUUUUAGCGGUGUCUUACAGUUAACUGAUUUGGAUGACUUUAUUACUCCAUCACAGGAAUGUGUGAAGCCAUUAAAGCUUGACAACAAACAGGGAAGGUCUGUUGCAAAAAUCCAAAUUGAAGACGAUGGCAAUUACUUUCAGGUCAACCAGGAUGGCCAGAUGCAUAAGCUGGAGAAAGCCAGGAUUACACUGAAUGACUGUCUGGCAUGCAGUGGCUGCAUCACUUCAGCUGAGAGCAUCCUGAUUUCCCAGCAGAGCCAUGAGGAACUGUACAGAGUACUGCGCCAGAACAAGCAGAGUGACAGCAUUGAACAGAAAGUGGUGGUGGUGUCGCUGUCGCCGCAGUCGCGGGCAUCGCUAGCCGCACGCUAUGGUCUUAGCAGCAGCGACGCUGCCAGGAGGCUCACUGCCUUCUUCAAAAACCUGGGUGUUCAUUAUGUGUUUGACACUGGCUUCAGUCGUGCUUUCAGUCUCUUAGAGAGCCAGAGAGAGUUUUUGGAGAGGUUUUCCCGGAAAGAGGAGGACAAAAAAUCCCUGCCCAUGCUGGCGUCAGCUUGUCCUGGUUGGAUCUGCUAUGCCGAGAAGACUCAUGGUGAUUUCAUCUUACCUUACAUCAGCACAACACGCUCCCCCCAACAGAUGAUGGGAUCCUUGGUCAAGAGAUUUUUCAGUAUGCAGCAGGCUCUUGAACCACAAAAGAUCUACCAUGUGACAGUGAUGCCAUGCUAUGACAAGAAACUGGAAGCUUCCAGACCAGAUUUCUACCUUAGAGAGUCUGAAACCAGAGAGGUGGACUGUGUAAUUACUUCAGGAGAAGUUCUAAAGAUGUUGGAAGAAGAAGGUGUAUCUCUGAAUUAUGUAAAUCCAGCACCUUUAGACACUAUGUUUAACAAUAUGUGUGAUGAAGAGUUGCUAUGUCAUGCUGGGAGUGGUUCAGGUGGCUAUCUUCAUCAUGUUUACACCCAUGCUGCCAAACAGCUCUUUGGUGUAGAAGUGCAGGAAAUCACAUAUAAGACACUCAGGAACAAGGACUUCCAAGAAGUCACUUUAGAGAAAGAUGGUGUGGUUCUUCUGCGUUUUGCUGCUACUUAUGGUUUCCGCAACAUUCAGAACCUUGUGCAGAAGCUGAAGAGAGGAAAGUCACUGUAUCACUUUGUAGAAGUUAUGGCAUGCCCUUCAGGGUGCCUUAAUGGAGGUGGGCAGCUGAAACCUGUCGCAGAUCAGUCCAACAAGGAACUGCUGCAGCAGGUUGAUGAACUGUACAGAGCAGAACGAGUGUCCGCACCCGAGGGGGAUGCACGGGUGGUCGAGCUUUACCGCUCCUGGCUCGAGGGCAUGGGAGAGGAGCAAGCGCAGCAGCUGCUUCACACACAGUAUCACGCCGUGGAGAAGAGCACCAGUGGCCUCACCAUCAAAUGGUGAGGGGCAGCUUGUCCAUGGUGCUGCCAUGUGCAAUAAACCCUUGCCUGCUACUCCAUGUCACAGGAACAAAGUCUAGAGUGGGGAAAAACAAGCCAGCAUUGGUCUGGCACUUGGCAAAUGUGAUGAUGAUGAUUUAGUAUAAUAUAAAUUUUAAUUUUUUUUAUCAUAUAAUGUAUGCAAAAGUACAAAUUAUUGUGGUUAGGUCUGACAAAGCUUAAAUACUUUAGGUAAGUGAUCAAAUGAGAUGUGUAUUUACUUUUUAUUUUAAAACAUUUACAACUUUGAAUAGAUAAUGUAUAAUAGAUACAAUAGAUAUAAUUAUUUCUGGGUUUUUUUUUGUUUUGUUUUGGAGGAAAUAAACAUUUAUCAGUAAAACCUUUUCAUAUUGAACUCUGGAUGUAUUGCCUAAAGCACAUCAAACCAUGCAGAUUAAUAAACUAUACAUUUUCAGUUGAAAUAUGUAAAUCAUGAGAAAGGUUUACUGAUCCCUAAGCAGGCAUCAGUAAAUUAAAAAAAAUCUGGAUUUUAUUUUUUGUACACUAUUUACAGUGUCAUUGAUUUAAGUACUCGUGCAAAAAUAAGUGUGUAAACAAGCAUAAAAUAGGCAUAUCUGAAAUAAGUGCUUCCUUCUUCCCUGUGAAAAGGUGCAAAAAUUGGUGUCACAAAAAUGAAUCUGUAAAAUUAGUGAUACAAUUAUUAGUGCACAGUAUGUUAAUGCAUACAGGUUUCAAAAGUAAAAACUAUGACAUCAUUUCCUGUUAGCCUAGAUGCUAACAUUUUCUGUCCCUCAUAUGAUUGAUGAGACACCUCUGGCUAUAACAC